CUAGUAGAUAUCAACUUGGAAUGUAAAUCAGUCAGGAAAGACUACUAUUUUCAUAUUUUUCUAUUUGCUAUAGAGAAAUACCCCUUGAAUACCGUCGCCGCUCCAAUUUGUAUUCCGACAGCUCUGUAAUUUGCAAAAUUGGUUAGACUUUCGGUGUAACAUCGCGCAUCUAUAGCGGGCAACGGACGGUAUGCCCUCUGAAUUGGCGGAGCUCGUAGAGUUCCUUCACCAUGGAAACUCCCAGAUACGGCAAAUAGCAUGUGAAAAUCUUCUUGGAUUCUCGGUAUCUCAGCCUUCACUGUUCAAGGUUCAUCAGCUUCUACCAGUGAGGGAUCUUAAACUACUUGUUCGGGACUACACUCCAAUCUCCAAAAAUGCAUUGACGAUAUUGAUAAACCUCUCCGGCAACGACGAGGUUCUCAAAGAGCUAGCUGAAGAUGAUGCUUUUCUGGAAACCCUCUUGAGUAAAGUCACGAACAAGAAAGAACCCCACGUCAACGAAAUCACCAUGCUCCUCGCCAAUCUCGCUAAAUCCGAUAGCUUCAAGCGCAUCAUAAACCUAACCCGCAGCGUGCCCAAGGAUGUCUCUGGCUCCCCGAAUGCCCUCGACCAAUUAAUGGACUGCUUCAUAAAGGGGCAGGAUGGCGGCAUCAACAAGGCCGCUGACUCCAACUACGACUAUCUAGCCUACGUCUUCGCCGACCUCUCCAAAUACGACGAAGGUAGAGCCUACUUCCUCACUCGACAGGAAUACGACUCCGUCAUCCCCAUCACCAAACUCACCGUCUUCACCGAGCACCGCAGCCACAUCCGUCGAAAGGGCGUGGCGUCGACGCUGAAGAACAUCGCGUUCGAGGUGCAGGCGCACCCGCAGCUGCUCGCGGAGUCCGGGGUGAACAUCCUCCCGUACCUCCUGUUGCCAGUCGCGGGACCCGAAGAAUUCACGGAUGAAGAGAGCGCGGCCAUGCUGCCGGAUCUGCAGCUUCUACCGCCGGACAAGGAGCGGGAUUCAGAUAAGGAUAUCAUCGCGACACAUUUGGAGACGUUGCUGCUGCUGACGACGACGAGGGAGGGCAGGGAGCUGAUGAGGGCAGUUAAUGUGUAUCCGAUCAUACGGGAAUGUCAUUUGCAUGUUGACGAUGAGGGGACGCGGGAGGGGUGUGACCGGUUGGUGCAGGUGCUGAUGAGGGAUGAGGAAGGGGAAGCCAAUGGGGGGGAAGAUGCAGCGUUGGCGAAGGCUAAGGCGGAGUUUGAGAAAGGGGUUGCUGACGAGGAUGAGCAAAUUGUGGAGGUGUUUUGAUUCAGGGAUUUUUGGUAUAAACCGGGAUAUUUCAAGAAUCCGAGUUGUUUAUAGA